AUGGCAGAAGAAAAGAGUACCCUGACCCUUCUGAAAAGUCCCCUGUCUGGGGACAACUCCCGGCAUGGUCCAGCCAUCGAUGAUGCUGCCGGUAUGGCCACCUACGAUGGCACGCUUUUCGAUAAUCCCGAAUUUGAGCACCACGAAGAGACGUCAAACAUCCAACUUUUCUUUGAUCUCUUCUUCGUGGCUAAUCUGACCUCUUUCACCAACGCCCACGAGAUCAACAGUAUACCGGGUUCGUUAUCUUACCUAAAUGAGGAUUCAGGACAAACCUUUGCUAACCCGACCCAAAAAGCCUUGAGCUCGUACAUCGGCUUCUUCACUGUUCUCUGGAUUACCUGGGUCCAAGUGACUUUGUACGAUGUACGUUUUGCGACAGACAGUGUCUUUGAGCGACUGGCUCACGCAUGCCACUUUGGGGUCAUGGUCGGAUUAGCGGUGAUCGGUCCACAAUUCAAUGAUCCCAACGCUGACCCUGUCCCAUGGGCUGUCAUGCAACAAUUAUCAUUGAUCCUAAUGGCAAGUCGCGUAGUAUUGAUAUGCCAAUAUGGAACCACGCUGUUCUUCGUUUGGCGAUAUCGGGAUUCACGAAAACCCAUAGCCGCAGUUGUUAUCACCCUCUCAGUGGCAGUUAUUUUGUAUCUGGGUGUCUCAUUUGCAUUUUAUAACGAGACAGCCCACAAUGCAUAUAUCGCCUGGUACGUUAUCGGAGUCGUCGAGGUGGCGUCGAAUUUGUUCAUUGCAAAGUUCAACGACUCGAUUUCGUUCCAAAACACGCAUCUGAUUGAACGAAUGACCUGCUUAACAUUGAUUAUCCUUGGCGAAGGAAUCAUCGGUCUGACUAAGACCAUUGCCAAGAUUGAAACUCUUGACUUUUCCUUCAGCCCUUCGGCCAUUGGAGGUAUCAUCAGUGCCACACUGAUCAUAUACUUCAUCUACCAACUCUACUUCGACAAUGUUCGUCUCGAGCCCUUCAACUCCCUCCGGCAGCUUCUCUGGGCUGGUCUCCACUUCCCUUUCCAUAUGGCCUUGGUGCUACUAAUGGAAGGUAUUAACCAAAUGUUUGUCUGGAGUCAUAUCGUCGAGGAUCUUGACACCCAAAUCAACAACCUGCUUAAAAUCCCCGAUAGCGACACUUCAGAACAGUUCUGGGGCGCUGUCAACGGCACCGUUAACUACGUUUUCAACACUUUCCCAUCCGAUGAGAAAACGUAUCUGGAAGUUGAGGAUGCGUUAGAUUUACUGUCGUCUGACGCCAGUGCUACGGAUGAUCAGGCCUAUUCAGCGGUGGCUCAGCUCAUGACGGGCCUCGGUAAAGUGAUAUUCGAAGGAUUCGGGUGGGAGGCUCCUGAGGCCGAAGGCGAGUCUGAAGUAUCAGGCAAUUUCGAUGAGAUUAUCGACAAUUUUUAUCAGCAAUAUCUGAAUGUGUUUUCUAUUUCCUUCGCAUAUUUUUGCAUCUCUGCCGGUGUAGUGCUAAUUGGGAUCGGCAUUUUCACAUACCUAUCCUACAAGGGCGAUGCGCACCAUCGUCACCGAUUCACUCGAUACCUAGGCGUCAUCGUCACGCUUCUCGUGGGUCUCGGUUUGACGCUGUUAAGCACGGCCGUCUUGACCGACGCCUCGCAGGUGCUGGGUAAUACGCCGUGGACUCUGCCACUUCUGCUUUUCCUGUUGUUGAUUCUUCUGUUCGUCAACCACGUUCCAGACGGUAGUGGUGGUAGAAAACAUCGCAAGGGAUCAGUCGAACACAUUCAUCUUCACAAUCGUGAAGAAUAA